GGUGGACCUUAAAAAUUACCUUUUUUCUUUUCUCUUUCUCUUACAACUAAAAUGGCUACAGAAAACAAAAAGGCUCUUGUUUUUUCUAUUCUUGAAUUCUUGCAAAAAUCUUGUGAAGACGGUACUAUCAAAAAGGAUGACGCUGAGAGUAUCGAAGUUGCCAUACAGUGUAUUGGUGAAGCUUUUGGUGUAGACGCUUCUGACGAAGAACAAAAGAAGCUCUACUCUACUAAGCCUGCUAACUUGCUUUCUAUUUUUGAUGUCUAUCUCAACACUAAGAAGUCUAGUGCAUCCAAGUCAGCUGGUGCUGCUGCUGCUGCUUCUUCUUCUGCUGCUCCUGUAAAGGCUGAAGCUGAUACUACUGAGGAAGACAAGAAGCUUGCUGAAGAAAAGAAAAGUUUAGGUAACCGUAAAGUAAGCGAACGUAACUAUCCUGAAGCUAUCAAGCUUUACACUGAAGCCAUUGCUCUUGACGGUAACAAUGCUGUUUACUAUUCCAACCGUGCUGCUGCCUAUAGCCAACAAGGCGACCAUCAAAAGGCUGUUGAUGAUGCCAAGAAGGCUAUUGAAAUUGACCCCAAGUUCAGUAAGGCUUAUAGCCGUAUGGGUCAUGCCUACUUUGGUUUAAACAAGUUCAAUGAAGCCAUUGAAGCUUAUGAAAAGGGUUUAGAAAUUGAUCCCAACAAUGCUACUUUCAAGUCUGCUUUGGCUUCUGCUAAGGCCAAGGUAGGUUCCGUUGAGCGUUCUGCUGAACCUAGUACUGGUGGUGGAUUGCCUAACUUUGGUGGUGCUGGUGGUAUGCCCGACCUUGGUUCUUUGCUCAGUAAUCCUGCUUUAAUGAAUAUGGCACAACAAAUGAUGCAAUCAGGUGCUCUUGAUGGUUUGAUGAAUAACCCCAAUAUUGCUAGAAUGGCUCAACAAAUGAUGAGUGGUAAUGGUACACCUAACCUUCAAGAAAUGAUGAAUGACCCUGAAAUGAUGCGACUGUAAGUUCAGUGAAAAAAUACACUCUUCUCUAACUUAUUCUAGUGCCCGUGAUGCUAUGGGUGGCAAUGCCCCUAAACCUGAUGGUGCUGAUCAAAAAUAAAAAAGUAAAAAAAAAAAAAGGAGGGCAAUGUAAAAUA